AUGCGACUGCAAAUCGCUUCAUACAAUGUUUUGGAAUACUACACCCGUUUAAACCAAGAACAUAACUUUGGUAGAAUCUCGGUAGGUGGCAUCAACGUUAACUUGGGAGAAAUGUUCAAAAGUGCAAUGAAUGAAAAUGCUUUACCUAUGGGCUAUACUGAGAAAGCUGUUGCUCAAGUUAGUCUACAAGUUCAAAAAUGGUUGAUUUAUUGGAUAGUUUUAUCGUUAUUAACAUUAACGGAAACAAUUGCCUCCUUUAUUAUACCAUUUUAUCAAUUCUUCAAGUUACCUUUGAUUUUAUAUCUCCUAUCACCAAUGUUGAUGAAUUCCAGUAAAUUGGCAGUUUCUGCCAUUGUUGCUAGUGAUAAACCUCCCACUAUAGACAAUGAUGCAGAUUGGAAACAAUUCCAAGAACAAGGUUGUGGAUUUGUUUAUUUUAAGUUGAUUAAACCAUUUUUGGAUGGAGAAGUCGAUGCUAUAAUGAAAUAUAUACCCUUGGAUAAGUUGAAACAUUUAACAUCCACCAUCCCCAUUAAUCUGACAACCUUAUCUUGGGCACUGAAGAUUGCAAUGUUUAAGAUGUCGUCCAAUAGAUCAAUGGAUGAAAGUAUUGCUGAUUCAGUUUCUAGCAGAGGCGUUGAUUCUGAAGUGAAGAGUAAGAGCCCGGUACAACAGGGUGCAGUGGGCGGUGUCGGUGGUGCGGCUACCAGCUUUUAUGAAGAAUUCGAUAUGGUUGAUAAACCACUUGAAACUGAUAGUAAUCUUAGACUUAGAGACCCCAAGCCAAAGCCAGAGAAUAAACGAUGGUUAUGGUAA